AUGAUUAACUUAAUUUCGAAGCUCCUUUCAUUAAAGGAAGCUGACACAGCUUUUGCUUUUGAAAAUGCCAACCUCCAAUCAAAUGUUAAGCUUGAGAACGAGGCUUACGAUGAAGAAUAUGAAAAACUUAGCCAAGAAUGCAAGCAACUUCUUCUUUCUCUUCCCAAAACCAAGGGUUUCGGCCACCAAAACAUCUAUCUUUACCAAGACAUUUGGUAUGUGCCGACUCAAAUCCAAGCCAUAAGCUCUUUUCAAAAGAACUUCCAAGCAAAAGACAGUGAUAUUAUUUUAGCCUCCUUGCCAAAAUCUGGCACUACUUGGUUGAAAGCCCUUACUUUUGCCGUUGUCAAUCGUAAGCGUUUCUCUCCUUCACAAAAUAACCAUCCAUUACUUUUUUCCAAUCCACAUGAGCUUGUUCCUUUCUUUGAGUACAAUCAUUAUAAAAACGACCAGAUUCCUCAUCUCUCCAUAUUGCCUGAACCAAGACUUUUCAGCACACAUGUUCCUUUUCAUUCAUUGCCUGACACAAUUACCAAAUCCAAAUGCAAGAUCAUCUAUAUAUGUCGUAACCCAUUCGACAAUUUCAUAUCAUAUUGGCUGUUUGUAAACAAACUUGUACCACCAUCUAUACCCAAAUUAUCAUGUGAAGAAGCAUUGGAAAGAUACUCAAAUGGGAUCUAUUGGAGUGGUCCGUUUUGGACAAAUUCGUUGGGCUAUUGGAGAGAAAGCAAAGAGAGACCAAACAAGAUAUUGUUUUUAAGGUAUGAGGAUUUGAAAAGCGAUAUCAAAUUCUACUUGAAAAGAAUUUCUGAGUUCUUGGAUUGCCCAUUCAAUUCUCAGGAGGAAAGUGAAGGUGUUAUUGAAAACAUAAUUGAGUUGUGUAGCUUUCAGAAGAUGGAGAGAAUAAAUUAUGUCUUUUAA